GAUCUGCAGCAGCCCGGGGGUUAAAGGGACAUGGAUUGCAGUGCUCAGCGUUCGUCCCACCCUAGUGAUCUGAGCACAGGCCCGGGAGCCAGGAACUCCUGGGUUCCAUUCCUGCCUCUGACACUGAUUCGCUGAGCGACUUGGGGGCUAGUAGCACUGUGCCUCAGUUUCCCCACGGGGCUGGGCGAGGAUAUCUUCGUGGUCCUGGUGUGGAGCUGAGAAUCCCGAGCACACCGCGCUGGACCUCGUCACGGCUGGAGCCCGGCGCAGUGAUACAGCCACCAUGGAAGGGGAGCUGGUCAUAGAAGAUAUCGAAGAGUUGGACAUAGAAAAGGACAAACACAUGGAGAUGACGUCAACUGACAGCCAUGACGACGGCAUUGGGGUGCCGGUGCUAAACCUCAGCGGAGAGGGGGAGGAGGAGGCCUCGCCCGAAGCAGGCCACCCCAUGGUCCCAAAGGCUCCAGGGGAACAUCUGCCCUGGGUCCAGAACGUUGACAGCCUGGAGCGCCUCAUGAAACUGAUGUGCGACCUCUUGGACGCGGUGUGGACUUUGGGGGAGCAGACCAGAAUCGUGGCUGCCGAGCAGAACGCCGGCUCUGACUCGCCAGCCAGCUGCUGGGGCUCGGAAGAGGGAGUCCCUGAGGCAAAGGGUGCAGAGCCGGCCACACGCUCGCCGUCUGGGACCUCAACCAAAGAGGCCCUGCUGGCCACAGAGGAUGAACCGCAAGCCAGCCUAGCGAAGACCCUAGAGCCCGGGGACCAGAGGAGCUACAACGUCAUCAGGUGCCUGAUAGGGGGAAAGAGCCAUUCCAGAGGUGAAGAUGACACAGAGGGUGGGUAUGAGCGGGACCAGCAGGGGGCGACAGCAUCACCCGGCGUGGAUAAGAAGAUUUUGCCUGAGACCGAUUUCAAUCAGCCGAGAGAGGACGGGGACCUUCUGCUGCAGGAGGGAUGGGGCAGCCUGUGGGUUAGAGACGAGGAAGUGCCACCCUCGUCAGGUAGGGCUUCCCGGUCCUUCCCUCCAAGAGGCAUCACCUUCUCCUGGCUGACCAGCUGUCCCAGCUUGGAUUUCCCUGGAGCACAGCAGUUCAAUCCCUCAUCUGAAACCUCUCACAAGACAAGGACAGAGCCUGGGCCCAGCGGGUGGCUUCGUCCCAACCCUGCCUGUCAGCUCUGCAACGAUGACACAAUUCAUCGCCUGGGGGGCUUCAGGAUCUUCGGACCCCCUGACUUGAAGGGGCUGGAGGAGGAGCUAAGGCAGACGCUCAGCAGCUGUCACAAGUGGGGAGCAGACACACAGGGGACCGUCUUCUCCAAGGCAAAGAGGGUCUUUUCUAAUUAUUGCCUCUGCCCUUCCGGGGACUCCAGGGCACAGGCCUUAGCAAGAAAGGCUGUUCUCCGGGAGAGCGCAGUGGCUGCCAUUCAGAAGAAGACACUGGUCAGCACCAUGCCCUCAGCCCACCUGAGAUGCUCACCCGCCCUCCAGGCUACGACCUCUCAGCACAAGCAUGGGGAUUUCUCUCCAUUGUUCCUCCAAUGGGCUCUCCAGAAGCUGAAGAUGUUGGUUAAAAAGACAGCCCCCAAAUCCUAGCUGAGACGCUCCUUCCCACAGAUGGCUGCCACCUCUAUUAAAAGAUCAGCCCCACCAUUAAAGUGAAUGAUCUCCUGU